AUGAGGAAGGGAAAAAUCAACGUCGCAGGUUGCAGCGCACGUGAUGUAGGCUCAACUCAAGGCAUAUCCCAAAUUCCUGAGGAGAUAAAUAAGAUGCUAGAGGAGGACGCGAAAAUCAGGUGGUGCCACGUGGCACGCUACCUGGCAAGCAGGCAUCGCAUCUUGGAAUCACGCGACCCAAAGCCAAGCGAACCAAGCCACUACGCCUAUGGCGGUCCUUCAUCUUCACCUUCAUCUCCUUCCCCUUUCAUCAUCACCAUCAUCUUCUUCACCUCAUUCACAGAGCCUAAAUUACUCUUACUUUCCACGCCUCUCCAACUCUCUUUGCUCUGCUUGAUCGUAGGCUCGCAACUAAGGCAGAGGGGGCUGAAGACGCGUCUAAGUGGCACAGAAGAUUCCUUGGGGCUCUGUUUUCAAUUGGGUAUUGAGUUUUAG